CUGCUUUGACACGGUUUAGCCACUAGGGGUCAUGCUGAGUUGUGACUGAUGGUGACACGCAGCACUCAGUGACACAGAGGAAGAGACGGCAGGCACCGCACCUUCGACCAAGGUAAAGCAUGGCGAUGACCGGCCAGAGCUCAUGCUCCUCCAUGAGUAACCACACUAAGGAGCGGGUCACUAUGGCCAAAGUGACCCUGGAGAACUUCUACAGCAACCUUAUUGCCCAACAUGAGGAGAGAGAGAUGAGACAGCAGAAGCUGGAGAAAGUGAUGGAUCAGGAGGGCUUGGCUGAUGAAGAGAAACGUAUUCGGCGCUCUCAGCAUGCAAGGAAAGAGACAGAGUUUCUGCGUCUGAAACGAACUCGUCUGGGUCUGGAAGACUUUGAGUCCCUGAAGGUGAUUGGCCGAGGAGCUUUUGGAGAGGUCCGUCUGGUUCAGAAGAAAGACACCGGUCACGUAUAUGCCAUGAAGAUCCUCCGUAAAGCUGACAUGCUGGAGAAAGAACAGGUUGGUCAUAUUCGUGCUGAGCGCGAUAUUCUGGUAGAGGCAGACAGUCUGUGGGUUGUCAAGAUGUUCUACAGCUUCCAGGAUAAGAUGAACCUCUACCUCAUCAUGGAGUUCCUGCCUGGAGGUGACAUGAUGACUCUGCUGAUGAAGAAAGACACUCUGACAGAAGAAGCCACUCAGUUCUACAUAGCAGAGACAGUGCUGGCCAUCGAUUCCAUCCACCAGCUGGGCUUCAUCCACCGAGACAUCAAACCAGACAACCUGCUGCUGGACUCCAGGGGUCACGUGAAGCUGUCUGACUUUGGUCUGUGCACUGGGCUGAAGAGGGCUCACCGCACUGAGUUCUACAAAAACCUGAACCACAGCCUGCCCAGUGACCUCAGUAAGCAAACCUUCCAGAACAUGAACUCCAAGAGGAAAGCAGAGACCUGGAAGAGGAACAGGAGGCAGCUGGCUUUCUCCACAGUGGGAACACCAGACUACAUCGCUCCAGAGGUCUUCAUGCAAAAUGGAUACAACAAGCUCUGCGACUGGUGGAGCCUGGGAGUCAUCAUGUAUGAGAUGUUGAUCGGUUACCCUCCGUUCUGCUCUGAGACGCCUCAGGAGACGUACAGGAAAGUGAUGAACUGGCGAGAGACGCUCACCUUUCCCCCAGAAGUUCCCAUAUCAGAAAAGGCCAAAGACCUCAUCCUCAGGUUCUGUUGUGAGGAGGAGCACAGGAUCGGGGCUGUAGCUGUCGAAGAGAUAAAGUCCAAUCCUUUCUUUGAGGGCGUGGACUACGACCAUAUCAGGGAGAGACCUGCUGCCAUUCCCAUCGAGAUCAAAAGCAUCGACGACACCUCCCAUUUUGAUGAGUUCCCUGAUUCCGAUAUCCUCACACCAACAGCCACCCCAGUGUCCAACCAGACUGAGGUUGACCUGAAGAACAAGGACUGGGUCUUCAUCAACUACACAUACAAACGCUUCGAAGGCCUGACCGCCCGAGGAGCCAUACCGUCCUACAUGAAGUCAGGAAAGAGAUGAGCACCUUCAACUGGCUUUUAUCCGACACCGCCACGAAACCUGAAUGAGUCGUCCAAACCCCUGAACUUCAGCCCUGAAGGAGAACGCUUCCUGUUCUCAGCGGUACCUGACUGAUGAGGAUUCUCGUCACAGGACUUUGCAAAUAAUAAAGGGGCUCAAUUACAUCCAUUGCUUUCCACCAUAGGAACUGCUGCCUUCAUCUCCGCAGGUCUUCUCUUUCUCUGAUGCUUCCGAGGGUACCUCUCUACUUCCUGCUUAUACCUGAGAACAGAACUGUGGGAUUAAAGUGAUUCUCUCCACUUGCCUUUUCCACCAGUGGAUGCAGUGGGAGGUCUUCACUCCUGAUACCAGCAUCAUCUACAUUCCCUCUCUAUAAACCAGCAGCAGUCUGUUGCACCUACCAGGGGUUCUUGUUCUAAAUCAGGACAUCCACUCGGCUCACUGCUUUAUGUUGACUUGUCAACUCAGACGUUGCGUUCAGCUGUCACUUGAAGUGAACUAGGUGCUCUUCAGGGAUUCUGUCCAAAUGUUUCUCGUUUCCUCUAAGAGCUCAGUGCUGCUGGCUCUUUCAGACGAUCCAACCAAAGACUUUCUGCUUCAUCUCUCUGACACGUCACGUCCUUAAACUUAGAUUUUUAGUCCUUUUAUAGACUAGUGCUAGGAAUAUUUGCUUGUUGAUAAGUGUGAAUAUGAGAAUGAUGCAUUUUGUGAGAAACAAAACACAAGAGUCUUGUUACAUUUACAUUUGACAUUAUGUUCAAUUACCUUGAGCACCUUAUGUGAUGUCUGAUCAGUAAAGUCAGGCCCAUUGGUUUGUUUGGAUUGGUGUUUUCAUUCGACCGGAUAAGAAAACUUUCCCCACAAAUGUCUGCAUUGGAAUAUUUUAAUGCCACAAACUUGUCAUAUGUCAGUACAUCUUCCCAUUCAAACUUAAAUUAAAGCAGAUGAAUGGAUAUAUUAAUAGAACUGCUGAACUCACUGCAGCCACCAAGACAGAGCGUCAGCUCGACUUGCUGCAUUAAUGUAACGCCGCAGAAAAACCGGGGACAAUAGUUCUAGAUUCAAAAUCUUCAGCCUUGCGAGAAUAAAUAAUUGUUUCAUGACAAAUGGCCUCAAAUGAUCCUGGAUGAAGAGAAACAAUUCUGCUUGUUAAUGUUAGCCCCCCCCCCCUUCACCUCUGCUUCAGCUGCUACAUUCACAAGACAUUGAAAUGUUUUGGUUGAUAACCGUAUGUUGAGAUUUUUUUCUUUAAUAUAUUUUGAUGUGUAAUAGCAUAAUUGUUCAUUCCUGAGGUCAGGAUGUUUGAACUUUCAAAUCUGGGAGCACAGGGCUUAACAUUUUCCAGUGAACACAAUAUCCAAAAUGCUGUCAUUUAAAAUGAAUGUAAAUUAAGUUUUAUGGAGUCGUGGAGAAGAAGUUCCUCCUUUUUUUUUUUGCCACAAUAAUUUUAAAAUGGUGUUUGUGUGACUGGUCUGGACCUUUUAUUUUCCUCUUCGUCCUGAUCUGAGGUGCAACUAGAAGAACAUUUCUCCUUUCCCAGGAGAAAAUAUGAAACGUUUGGAAUGUGACAAUAUUGACACCAUAAAUUGAAUCAUUUAGCCUCUUACAUGGUUGAAAUUUAUCGAAAAAAAGAUUCAUGAAGUCAAAUUAUAAGCUACUCUUGUAGGUUUGACUCACUAAGUCCAAAUUGAAUCAUAUUGGUAAGUCAGAAUUGUUUUUUAGUUUAUAUCACAUUUUGAUAUAUGUAUAUAUAUAUUUUGUAAGAUUGACAUUAAUUUUAAAUACACAGUUUUGACUUAAAUCAGACCAAGUAUUUUAUAAUUUUGACUUUUAAAAAAAUGACAUUUUGUUCUCUUUAACAUUUUCUCACGUUUUCCCUGUUUGUGGCAGGAAUGCUCUUCUGUAUGCACCAGCUCAGUCUGAAGGUUUUCCUUAUCGUCUGUUGUAAAAAGCCUCUUCAGGUAGUGUGUAGAUGAAGCUCAGCACGUUGUAACACGUUGUAGAAAAGCACACAAGGAGCUUUUUUCUUUGACUAUUAUUGGAAUGCUCCUGCUCCGCAUGCUUUGACCAGACAGCAGAUGAGUCUGAUUCCAGCAGCAGAGCAUGUGGUCUGGUUUCAUGAUGCCACUUGGUGGGUGAGUGAAUGAGAUUUCAGAUAGUGCGUGUGGAUGUUUUCAUGAUCUGGAGAAACGAUGCAAUGUUCUCCACAUGCAAUGCUCAGAUGUGUGUAUGCUGUAGCACAUGUGACCUGAGAGUGAGAAGG